AUGGCGCCCGCCUACAUCAAGGUCCCACCGAGGGAAGAGGAGAGUGGCAGACGAUCAACGUCGUCCGGCCUUAUCGUACCUAACACGGCGCAUAUGGCGACAACAACUCUCCAGGUUGGAGGCAUGACAUGCGGUGCCUGCACCUCAGCCGUCGAAUCCGGCUUCAAGGGCGUCGAAGGCGUUGGAAAUGUUUCCGUGAGCCUCGUCAUGGAGCGCGCUGUUGUUCUUCACGAUCCGCAGCACAUCUCAGCCGAACAAAUACAACAAAUCAUUGAGGACAGGGGGUUUGACGCCGAAGUGCUGGCGACGGACCUGCCCUCGCCCAUUCUCAACCGCCACGCUGUGGACGAGGCGGCCUUUGACGAUGACGACGAUGAAGAUAUGAUGUCUACGACUAUAGCCAUCGAAGGCAUGACUUGUGGAGCUUGCACAUCAGCCGUCGAGGGAGGCUUCAAGGACCUUCCUGGGCUCAAAUCUUUCAGCAUAUCACUUCUUUCCGAACGCGCUGUCGUCGAACACGACCCUACACUUCUAACCGCCGAGCAGAUCUCCGAGAUCAUCGAGGACAGAGGCUUUGGUGCCGAGAUCCUCGAAAGCAACAAGAUACAGCUAGAAAAGAAAUCAAAAUCCGGCGCCGGCUCCACGAGUUCCAUCGCCACAACGACGAUCGCCAUAGAGGGCAUGACCUGCGGAGCGUGCACGUCCGCGGUCGAGGGUGGCUUCACAGACGUCGACGGUGUCCUCAAGUUCAACAUUAGCUUACUGGCUGAACGUGCCGUCAUUACUCACGAUACAUCCAAGCUUUCCGCAGACAAGAUUGCUGAGAUAAUCGAGGAUCGUGGUUUCGGCGCUGAGGUUCUUUCUUCUCAGUCUGAUAUUUCAGACCACUCCGGCGCCAACUCCACCGUCCAGUUCAAGGUUUAUGGCAAUCUUGACGCCACCUCUGCUCUUGCCCUCGAAGCGAAGCUUGAAUCUCUCUCCGGUGUGAAAUCAGCUACUCUCAAGCUGGCUUCUUCGCGACUCACCGUCGUCCAUACACCCGCUCUGAUUGGACUACGAGCCAUCGUUGAGGCAGUUGAAUCUGAAGGCUUGAACGCGCUCAUGGCAGACAGCGAUGACAACAAUGCACAGCUUGAAUCGCUCGCCAAGACGCGAGAAAUCAGUGAGUGGCGAAGAGCGUUCAGACUGUCGCUCUCAUUCGCGAUACCUUUUGGCAUUGGAAGGCGAUUUUAUAUCUCUGGCUGGAAGUCCAUCAAGCACGGCUCCCCAACCAUGGACGUCCUCGUCAUCCUCGGAACUUCAUGCGCCUUCUUCUUCAGUGUCACGGCCAUGCUGGUUUCCAUAUUCUUUUCCCCUCACUCUCGGCCCAGCACCAUUUUUGACACGAGCACCAUGUUGAUCACUUUCGUUACUCUCGGUCGUUACUUGGAGAACAAUGCGAAGGGCAAGACGUCAAAAGCACUGUCGCGUCUCAUGUCGCUCGCGCCAUCCAUGGCCACCAUCUACGCCGAUCCCAUUGCCGCCGAGAAGGCUGCCGAGAGCUGGGAUAAUGCAACGCUUGUUGAACCUAAGACACCUAACCGCGAUGCUUCGGCGGCCGAGGAGAAGGUUAUCCCUACAGAGCUGAUUCAGGUGGGCGACAUUGUAAUUCUUCGACCUGGUGACAAAAUUCCAGCCGAUGGCGUGCUGGUUCGCGGCGAGACAUAUGUGGACGAGAGCAUGGUGACUGGUGAGGCCAUGCCUGUUCAGAAGAAGAAAGGUAGUCACCUCAUCGGCGGAACCGUCAAUGGUCACGGCCGUGUCGAUUUCCGUGUCACUCGUGCCGGCCGUGACACUCAGCUCAGCCAGAUCGUCAAGCUCGUGCAAGAGGCACAGACAACCCGUGCGCCUAUCCAGCGACUGGCCGACACACUCGCCGGCUACUUCGUUCCCAUGAUCCUCAUCCUUGGCUUGAUGACAUUCCUCGUUUGGAUGGUGCUCAGCCAUGUGCUCAAGAACCCUCCAAAGGUCUUCACUGAGGAGCAUAGCGGCGGCAAGAUCAUGGUGUGCGUCAAGCUCUGCAUUUCUGUCAUCGUCUUCGCCUGCCCCUGUGCCCUCGGCCUCGCGACUCCGACAGCUGUCAUGGUAGGCACUGGAGUCGGUGCUGAGAAUGGAAUUCUUGUCAAGGGUGGCGCAGCUCUCGAAACCACCACCAAGGUAACGCAAAUUGUGUUCGACAAGACCGGUACGAUCACGCACGGCAAGAUGAGCGUGGCCAAAGUUCAACUCGAUCCCUACUGGCAAGACAACGAGUGGCGCCGACGACUUUGGUGGUCCGUUCUUGGUCUUGCCGAGAUGGGCAGCGAGCACCCUGUUGGCCGCGCUGUCCUCGGCGCCGCCAAGGCCGAGCUCGGUCUCGAUGCUGAGGGAACGAUCGAGGGUAGUGUCGGCGAGUUUACGGCCGCCGUAGGACGGGGUAUCAACGCUUUGGUCGAACCUGCAUCGAGCACUGAGCGCCUUCGUUACCGCGUCUUGGUCGGCAAUGUUCGCUUCCUGCGCGAGAACAAUGUCGACGUACCCGAGGAGGCUGUCGAGGCAUCGGAGCAGCUCAACAGCAAAGCCAACAAGAACGCGAAGAACACGAAUGCCGGUACCACCAAUAUCUUCAUCGCUGUUGACGGCAAGUAUAGUGGUCACCUCUGCCUGGCGGACACGAUCAAGGACGGCGCUGCCGCCGCGAUUGGCGUUCUGCACCGCAUGGGCGUCAAGACGGCCAUCGUCACCGGCGACCAGCGUUCCACUGCCAUGGCUGUGGCUGCCGCCGUGGGCGUUUCGCCUGACGAUGUCUACGCCGGUGUAUCCCCUGACCAGAAGCAGGCUAUCGUCCGUCAGCUUCAGGAGCAAGGCGAGGUUGUCGGCAUGGUUGGUGACGGAAUCAACGACUCUCCGGCCCUCGCGACUGCCGACGUUGGCAUUGCCAUGGCGAGCGGCACCGACGUUGCCAUGGAAGCCGCUGAUGUCGUCCUCAUGCGGCCCACCGACCUCAUGGACAUCCCCUCUGCCCUACAUCUUGCGCGGUCCAUCUUUAAUCGCAUCAAGCUCAAUCUCGCCUGGGCCUGUAUGUACAACUUGAUCGGCCUCCCCUUUGCCAUGGGCCUCUUCCUGCCCUUUGGCUUCCACCUUCACCCUAUGGCUGCUGGUGCUGCCAUGGCGUGCAGCAGCGUCAGUGUCGUCGUGAGCAGCCUGCUUCUCAAGUUCUGGUCGCGUCCUGCCUGGAUGAACGACGCUCUCAUCGAGAGCCGUGGCGGCCGCGCCAAGGCCUCUGGCUUCAGCCUGGUUGACAGGCUCGCUGACCUGUUCAAGAGGCUGCGCACCGGCAGUAAGGAGACGGAAGGUUAUGUUCCUCUUGCGGACAUGAACGAUCGAGAAGUCUAA